AUGGCUCAUCUGCCGCCAGAGAUAACGACAUCUACACUCGAGAACAACAAUGCAGAGGAUGCCGAGCCAUUGUCGACCCUUGCCUCUCCUGCAGCGCCGCCCGUCGCUAUGUUCGGCGAAGGCGGCCAGUUCAAGAACGGUGUCCGGCUCUCUCUCAGGUCACAGCAUGCACACAUUCUCGCGCUACAAUUCCAUCUUCCGGUGACUUUGUCCAUCAGGCACGCCAUGGGAGUGCUGCCCCACGUGUUCCGCGAGACCAUCCUCUUCCACGACGACGAGGUGUUCAUCUUUGCCGUCGGCGCCCACCUCGCCAUGUACGACACGGCACGCGCCAGCAUGUCCUUCAUCAGUGCGCGGGAGUCCUACGGCCGAAUCAUUACUGCAAUGGCGAGAGCGCCGAAUGGCAAGGUGCUUGCAGUGGCGGACAAAGGCUGCGGUUUGAGUGACGAGAAGGGGGUGCAGGUGGUGAUGAUCCACCUGGCCACAAACCAGGUGUGGAAGGUGCUGACGGUGCCGCAUAGGAAGGUGGACGUGGUCGCCUGCACCUUCACGGGUUGCUCGAGGUACUUCAUCUCCCUAUCGGGCGCACCGGACUACAUCCUCAUCUACUGGCGGUGGGAGACAGGCAGGCCGCUGGCUAUGCAAGUGAGCAACGAAGAUGCCUUGUGGUAUAUCACGGGAUGCACGUCUCUCUUCCUCUGUCAGGAAGUAAAAUGCACCACUGACAAGCUGACGGUGAAUCCUCGAAGCAAUUCUCAUCUCGCUAUUGGGGGACCGGGCUAUCUCCGCAUGUGGGGCUACUCUGCGCAUGACAAGGUGCUCAAAGAGACAGAAGCCCUAUUGCCCACCAGGCAGGAGCGGGAUCUUGUGUUCGUCGACCACGCCUGGCUGUCGGCCAAACUACUAGUGGCCGCCACCAGAGACGGCCAGCUCUUCCUCUUCGACCGGACAGAGAUCCGCCACCACGUGAACAUCAAGCAGCAGCUGGCCGAGAGACUGCAGCCGACAACCACAGAUGACCAGCAGGCGGAAGGGCAGUCCGGCACGGCCCUCCGGAGAAAGAAAACCACCACUAGACUGACAACAAAGGCCACGAAGUCCGGCAAGACUCAGGAGAAUCUCCUGGCUUUCGUCGCGCGCAGACGGAUGACUGGCGAGUCCCAACAGGUGGAAGUUGCAGGUGGCACUGGAGGCCUGGUGGGCCUGGAGCUGGGCGAUCUCGAGGAAUUGGAGAUCAUGUGCUGCGCCAAGUGGGGCAAGGGAAUAGUAGUCGGUGGCACACGAGGCUACGUAGGUAUCUACCACCUGGAGGAAGGCGCGACUGAGGCAGCGACGGGAGGCGACGAGGACGACAAGCAAGGCUCGCCUGAGCUCAGGCUGGAGAGUUUGGGGCACUUCUGCGUGCCCGACGGAGCAAAGAAGGUGGUGCGGCGCUGUGCAUGCAGCCCCGAUGACGCCAUGCUGGUAGGCUGGCGAAAGACAUUGGAAGAUAACGCGCCCGUGCUUCUCUUAGGUAUUGUUGGUCCAAGGCGAGAUCGAAGACAUGUCUUCUUCUUUUGGCAUGGGCCUCACGGACCUGAAAGCAAGGUACGCCCAUUCAAAACGCCCACCCGCAUACAUCAUCCUUUCUCGUCCAGUGCCCAGCGCCACGCUUCCGAGACGUCCCCCAGCCGUCGGAGGGUGUCAGGGCUCUCAAUCCUCCCAUCUGGAGUGAGGCAAGGAUGGGAGCUGCUGAGCUUCCCACUCAGCCAGGCGGACUUCAUGGCCACACGGGAGCAUACUGAUGAGUCCCUGAGAGAGAUAUUCACGCCAGUGUUCCCAGGGGGAUUCCACCAGCUGGGGGUGACAGGCAUGGAGGCCGCACUGUGGAGGUGCGCACUAAUGGGUGGGUGGAAGGGACGGGUCGUUGCACACAGACGGAUGGAUAUUCACGGUAUAUGCAGGCGAUGCAUCUUCACGUCAUCUGAGGACUUCACCAUCCGCGGCUGGAGCUACCCUCUUGUCGAGGAGAUGGCGCCUCCCGAGUCGCCAUCCAACGCCUCGCCGUCACUGGAACAUCCCCUAGGAGCCGACAUGAUGUCAAGGCGGACCGAGAAGAGUGGCCCAGAGUAUGAGUGUACCUUCUGCCACCAAUUCACCGAGUACGACAAGCCACUGGCCCUUACUGUGCAUCCAUUCGGUGGGUGGGAAAAGAAAAUGGGCAGAGAGGUAGCAGACACAUCGAUGUGUGUGCGCAGGCCUUCAGGUGGCAGUUUGUUUCGACGACCGCCUCCGGAUAUACCAUCAGAGUGAAGAGCCGCGCCUGAGGACGGGGAUGGACCUCACCAUCAAGGCGCCAAAUGCUGCCACUUUCUCACACAAAGGGGACCUGAUCGCACUGGCAUCUCAGACACUCGUACGUACGCACCUAUGGCCUCGCUGUCUCCCAAUCGUCAGUCUGCAUCCUUUUCUCGUGUCUCAGGUGAUUGUGCUUGACGCCAUCCGUGGUGUGGUGCUGCACACGCUCUCGGCCCAUGUGGCAGCCGUGCAGCAGAUCAUCUUCUCCUAUGACGACCGCCUCUUCCUCUCCUGUGGUGCCGAUGGUGCUGUCUACGGCUGGCGAGUCGACGGAGGUCAUCGCGUGUUCGAACACGUCAGCAAGAACAACAUCUACACCUGCAUCGCACACGACCUGCAAACGUGAGCAGAUGAAAGACGUCACAGUCCCAUAUGCAUGCCCCUCCCAUGGAUGCGGGGCGUGUCUCUCUUAGCGAGUCAGUGGCUGCGGCGACGCGCGAAGGGCACUUGCGCAUGAUCACCCAGGGGGGCCACCAGAUAGCCGUCGACACCGAACCCACACGAGGGCAGACCUCCCACGGCCAUGCCGCCUCCUCCACCUCCGCAAGGCACAGGGGAUCGAUUGACGCGACGGCGUCGCCAUCACGGAAGAUAUCGCAGCCCGGCAAGACGCCAACUACGACUGCAGGGUAGAGAGACGACACAGAUGAAUGUACGGAUAUCGCGCGGUGUGUGAUGGCUCACUCAGCGUGGGUUACGCGUGGUCGUCCCUACCAAUCUACUACACGCAGCUGCUGCUUGCCCCUCCGCUCGCCGCUUUGUUUGGCGGCACAUCGCACGGCACCAUUCGCUCGUUCGUGUGGCCUUUCAAGCCCAACACGCUACCGGACUUCCUUGAGUUCCCGCUGCACGCUGCACCGGUGACCAAGCUGGCGACCAGCAGUGAAUGGACACUACUCUUCUCAGCCUGCGAAGGUGAGCGAGGGAAGCAGAGAUCUCCACGGGCUUACAUAGGGGUGCCUGCCCGUGUCUCUGUGUCUUGUCCAGACGGCGCUCUGAUCGUGAGUGCCAUCGAGGUGGUCAAAGGAGGUCAACUCCAGCCUCUCAGGGCGAUCCAGACGAAGGAGGACUUUCUCAACUACUGCUUCCGCAUCACCAGGGGCAGCCCCGUAGCAGCAGCAGCAGGCGAUGAGCAAGGUGAGGGUGACGACAUUCGGGCCGCCCUGGAUGCUCGCGAGGACGCCAAGCGCCUGCAGGUGCAGAAGAGGCUGACUAGUGCCUGUCUGAUGGGCACGUACUCGCUGUUCCUGGACGAGUUCCUGCUGGUACCCAUCGCGAGCAGAGCCGAACGGUCAGCCUUCCCUCAUUGUCCCUGCGAUGCACGUGUGCGUAUCUGAUUUGUUUACUUACACGCAGAAUAGCAGAGAUUCGUGAUUUGCGUGAGCGUUUGGAGACGCUCAAGAGCGACACCGAGUUCACGUUUCACCAGAAGGAGCAGGAGAUGAACGAGCGGGUCGACAUACUCCAACGAGAGAAGGAGGCGAUGAGACAGAGUCUGCAGGCACAGUAUGACGGUAAGGAACCAAGCAAGCAACGCGUGACGUCCACUCUCACCUUCUGUCUAUCUGUCUGCCCAUUCACAGCGAUGGUCGAGAAGCUCGCUCUCGCUCACCAGACGCACGAGAGCGACGUGCAGGCAGUCACCACAAAUCUUGAGAGGCGUCUCGAGACUGCCGAGCGUGACGCGCAGAACAAGUUGGAGAGACAGGUGGAGAAAAUCCUCGCGCUGCGGGAGAAGCUCGACAGAGAGGGCCAGCACCACCACCUGUCACUCCUCAACUGCCGUGAUGACCAUGACAGGCGACUCAACGAGCUGCAGAAGCACCACGAGGGCGUCAUCAAGGAGAUACAGAAGGAGUAUGAUAGAGUGUGCAAUCUGCUGCGCACUGAUGGGGUCAAAUUCGAGGAGGCGCUGACGCAGCAGGAGAUCGAAUACGAGGGAGAGAUACAACAGUGGGCGAGCGGAUACACGUGGAUAUGUGGUUUGCCAUGAGUGGAUGUGCAUGUGUGUGUUGAUAGGAUGGUGAGUGACAAUCGUCGUGCUCUGCAGGACGAGGCGGAGAAGUCCACUUCGGCCAUCAAGGACAACGUCAGCCUCGCACAGACUAUGAUCUACCAAAAGGGUGAGGUGACCCCCCAUCAAUCCACCCAGACAAAUCGACCAAUACCUUCACCGGUGUGGAUACAUGCGUUGCAUGAUUCACACAUUUGCGUGUGCAGGGGAGCUGCGUAAGAAGGAGGAGGAGCUUACGGACUGCCGCCGGAGAAACGAGAAUAUUCAGGCGCAGCUGGACGAAAUGCGGGAGCAGAAUCACAAAAUGGAAUCGCAGCUGAGGGAACGGUAAGCGAGUGAAUCAACGAACGAGACUCCGACUAUCCAUCCAGCCUGACGUCGUCUCGUGUCUGUGUCUCGCUCAGUGAAGAGAUGCUGCGGCGGAAGGACGAGAUUGUGGGCCACUUGCGCGACACGCAGAAGCACCUGGAAAGCUUCAGAUCAGUGCUCUUCCACAAGGUGAAGUCUCUCGAGGACGAGCGAGACCCACUUGAGGAGCAGGUGUACCGGCUCGAGGAGAACCUCAGAGAUAUAUACUCUGAGUUCAUGGACGAGAUCCGGGUCAAGAAGAACCUCGAGAACAACCUCAUCGUAGGCUUUGCUUCCACGCAUCCAUGACGCAGACAUAUCAUUUAUCGCUCUGUCCGUGUCUUCAACAGGAGAGGAACCAGAAGCUUGGCAUUCUCCAGGGUGACAACAAUAACCUCCGCAUGAGGCAGCGCGGUCUCCAGUCAGACAUCAAGCGCGUCCUCACCGACCUGCACGAGAUCGUCAACGACCCACACAUGACCGACGGCGCGUCCCUUGCCCGCAGUCUGCGCGACAUCAUCCGCAAGCACGAGAGCAGGCUCGCCGCAGAGGACCGGCCGGGUCGGAGGGCCCUGACGAGCGAGCAGGAGAGGCGUGGGGAGGGCGAGAAGGGAUACCUGAUGGAGGAGCUGCUGCGGCAGCGGGAGCUGCUGAUACGGAAGGCUAGCUCCAUCAUGCAGAAAAACCAGUACCUGCAGGACGACCGGAGGAGAGACAUGCUCAAGUGGACGGGACAGAAUGCUGGUUGGACCAUGUACACUCACUCAUUGUGCAUUCAUAUUCUGUGUCUGCAUCGAUCUUCUGUCUGCAGAAUUGAUCGCUGAUCUGAAUUGUCUGCGCGUCGAGAAACGUUCCUAUGAGCGUGCCACCGGUCAGGAAGAGCAUCAAAACAGAUGAAACGCACAGCGUCCUUUGUUUACUCCUCUCCUUCAGACGACCUGAAGCACAAGCUGUAUCUGUCCUCCUUCAAGAUGAAACAAAUCAUCGCAGACCACCAGAGGGAAGAACUCCGGAGGCGAUCCGCUUCACCAAGAAAUGCCGCACAGCAACAGCAACAGCAGCAACAGCAACAGCCACGGCCGCACUCGCGCUCACCCUCGCAAGCGCCACCGCCAUUGCUUCCUCCUCUCGACGCGACCACCGUUAGCCGCGAGCAACCAGCUGAGGGUGAACGGACACGGGCAGCGGCUGGGGGAGAGGUCGGCGAUGAAUUGGGUGACUUUCCGCUAAGUGUCGGAGCCAAUGAAGGGCUGGUGGAAAGCGAGUCGGUCUACCGGCAGUGGCACAUGAGGAGCGAGGAGGAUGGGAAGGGGACGCCCUAUACGAGACGGCAGGCGGCGAAGAAGUAGGUGUUUCUUUCCUACCACAGAAACUUUCCGCUUGAGAUCCGUGUUUCUUUCCCGUCUGUCAGGGUUGACCGCGAUCGCCUCCACGACCGCUCCGUCCACCUGCCGUCUCCUUCUCCGUCCCCUCUAUCACCUCCCAGCAGACAAUUCUCCGUCAGCAAGACAUCACUGCGCGGCCAGCUAGCCACUCCCAUGGGACACAGCAAGUCAUUGCCGUCUCUCGUCAAGGGCGGCAGGGGACGAGGGGGGGAAAGGUUGUCGACAAGAGCUGUCCUGUCGCCGAUCGAGCGACAGUACCAGGUGAGCGAUGCCGGCGGAAGGUUGUCUGCUCACAAUGGCCAUCAAUCACAAAUGCUUUGUGUCACGAUCAGGGGAUGGUUGCUCGCUCAGACUACCAGAGCCGUCAGCUCGAGAUGCAGGGAUAUCGUAUGAGACACCUCCACGAACAAGUCAGGAACGCUCUGGAUGACCAGCCCUCGUCAUCCUUGUCGCGUCAUGCCGCCCAUCCGCAUCCCAACGCGGCGGCAGUGGGCGUGGGGAGUAUCACAAGCGAGACACAAGGCGAGUCAAGUCUGUGGAGCGACGGGAUGGGCGAGAGGGCCGCAGGACAACCAAAGGUCAGGUGUCGACUUCACUGGUCUGCGCACACCAUCUGCCGAUCUGUUCGCUCAGGCCGCUCCUCACAAGGCAGCAAUCGCCAAGUCUCGCUCUGGAAGUGUCGGGCCCAGAGAUCCGCUGCACGGUUCAACUACAGCCGUGCUUUCGCAUCCUUCCCAGGAGGCGCCAUCCAGCCAGCAAGGGCAGGGCAGCAGCAAGGAGGAGGAGACAGUGUACACAGGGGGACCGAUCAGCCCAUCAAACAUCUUUCCUGCUCUCGGAACGCGUGGGGUGGACGGCUGGUGACUGUGUGACUGAUGUCAAAAUGCUUGCUUCUCUCUGGUAAGCUAUCUGUAGUGCUGAU